AUGCGUCGGAGUGUUGCGCUCGCGGCGGGGGCCGGCCGCGCGCUCGUUUGGGGGCCGCGGCGCGUUGCAGUGGGCGCGCAACCCGGAUCUCGCCGCCCCGCUCCCCUUCACUGUGCCGCCGAGCGUACAUGCGCCGGCGCAGUACGGCGGCACGGCCGCGCCGCCGCCGCCAGUAACCGCGCGCCCGACGCCGCGUCCGCACACGCGCGA